UUUUUUUUUUUUUAAAUUAAAAAAAAAAUUCUCAUUUACUUCUCUGUGUUUAAUUCGAUUUCCAUUUCACUUUUAUUUCGAUUUCAUUUUCAAGACAACUCAUCUUCACCGUUGAUGCUUUCCCCGGUCAACUGACGAAGGGGACGAUGAUCCAGACCAUAACAUACUACCUAUCGGAGCACCCCUCGAUCGUCAAUUUCCGGUGGAGCCACCCCCAAUCAUUAGGCUCCACGUGGUCCUUCCUCUUCGCCUCCAUCUCCUUCUACAUCACUUUCUCUCUCUUUCUCCACCUCCUCCUCUCUCUCCUCCUCCGCCGCCGCAAACACCGUCCCGUCCCACUCGGCCCCAUCCCCGCUCUCCACAGCCUCUCCAUGUCCCUCAUCUCCCUCACCAUCUUCGCCGGAAUCCUCCUCUCCGCCGCCGCGGAGAUCCGCGACACCCGUUGGUUCUGGCGGAGAUCCAAAACCCCUUUCCAAUGGCUCCUCUGCUUCCCCCUCGGAACCAGACCUUCAGGCCGAGUCUUCUUCUGGUCCUACGUCUUCUAUCUCUCCCGCUUCCUCCACACUUUCCGGACCUACUUCGCCAUCCUCCGCCGCCGCAAUCUCUCCUUCUUCCGCCUCUUCAACCACUCAAUCCUCAUCGUCAUGUCUUUCCUCUGGCUCGAAUUCUCUCAAUCUUUUCAGGUCGUAGCGAUACUUCUCACUACCUCAGUCUACGCCGUCGUUUAUGGGUACAGGUUUUGGACUGCGAUUGGACUGCCGAGUGCUUGUUUUCCCUUCGAGGUGAGUUGCCAGGUGGUGCUGCUGAGUUGCAAUGUACUGUGCCAUGUUGGUGUGCUUUUGCUUCAUUUCAUGAAAGGUGGAUGCAAUGGGAUCGAGGCUUGGGUCUUCAAUUCAGUUCUCAAUGCUGCGAUUCUCUUCCUCUUCUUGAAUUUCUAUGUCAAGAAGCAUCUCAGGAAGAGGAAGUUCGGUGAUUUCGAUGCCAUCAAAGAAUCGGAGAUUGACAUGGCCAAAGACAAGGAUCUUUGAUUUUUUUUUUACUGGAGAAAUUGAGGAACAAACAAUAAAGGAGGCUCCUUUUAUUCCCAAUUUGUAGAAUUGUAUACAUAUAUGUAUGGUUAACCGAAAUUAUAUACAAGAAUAGUAGUUUUAUUAGA